AUGUUGCCCAGGCUCGCUCUGUCGCGCGGUGCUGCUGCUGCUGCCGCGCCUCUCACCGUCACCAUUAGCACGGCUUCUGCUACGUGUGUUUCUCCGCGCUGGUGCAGUAGCGUGACAAGCGACAAGCCCGGCGCAGCCGACUCUAACCCGUUCACUUCCGCAAUCGCAAAGACGUUACGCGAGAAGGUGUUUUCGCAGGACUUUGCUGCCGUGAAGGCUGCCUCACCGAAGGAGACGGAGCUGCUAAAGAAGUGGCGCACUGUUGACGGCACACCGGCGAAGUCCCCGCGCCAACCGGCGACGCCCGGCACGGCAGAUUCAUCUGACGUGGAGCCGCAGAUUGCAGAGGGCGCUCGAAAUGUGGCCAUGUCGCACGGGACGACGUUCCGCGACUCCCGUCCUGUUGACCCCAAGGAGAGUGUCGAGUGCAAGCGCCGUCGGCUCAUCUACCAAUCACGCUACCGCGGUAUGGUGGAGAUGGACCUCAUCUUUGGCCACUUUGCGCGGUGUAAGCUCGAGACCCUUGACGCGUCCAUGCUGGAUGAGUACGACAUGCUCCUGAAGCAGCUGGACAGCGAGCUAUUCCGCUGGCUCGUGAUGGGCGUGGAUGCGCCGGAGGGGGUGGCGAAGCUGCGCUGCUUUGGCGAGCUGCGUCGCUUCAUCAAAGAGGAGCGCACAGCGCUGCUGGGCUCCAACUGA